UCAUUUAAAUAAGAAAGAAGAAGAAGAAAGUGGAAGUCCACUUGCUCACAGUCUGGUGUUGAUCGUUUGAAAUAAAAUAAGAAAACAAUCAUUAUUCUGUUGACAAAGUCGCUAGUUUGAAACGAGUAAAUUGAAAUAAACUUUACUGUGGUGACAAAGUCAACGUAUUCUGUCGGGUUCAGUCUCACAGAGUGUCAUGAGAGAUCAUUGCAUCAGCAAAGCGUUGUAACAGAAUAUAUUUGCCCGUGAAUCACAUCUUGAGACGCUCUGAGCAGUUUUAACAUGGAAGAAGGAGAACUGGUGGACUAUUUCCGAGCGCAGAUCAGAGAAGACCCGGAUGUGGCUUCAGCAGUGGCUGCCAUACGAUCGCUGCUUGAAUUCCUCAAGAGGGAUCAAAGUGAGACGAUCCUCGGUCUGCGAGAGAACAUGACAAAAGCCAUACACAGACUAGAAGAGACGGAUUCGUCGGUGGCGGUGUCGUCUGGAGGAGAGCUCUUCCUGCGCUUCAUCAGUCUCACAUCACUGGAGCAUCCGGAUCUCUCACAGUGUAGGAAUGUGAUGAUCGAGCGAGGUGAACUCUUCUUGAAGAAAAUAUCCCUGUCCAGGGGCAAAGUGGGUAAACUGUGCCACACCUUCAUCAAAGAUGGAGCUAAAAUCCUGACGCACUCGUCGUCUCGAGUGGUUUUAAAGGUUCUGGAAAACGCUGCAGCUGAUAACAAACGUUUCACAGUAUAUGUCACUGAAUCACAGCCGGAUUCAGCAGGUGAACUCAUGGCUCAAAAAUUACGCAAACUCAAUAUACCAGUCACGGUGGUGCUUGACGCUGCAGUUGGGUACAUCAUGGAGAAGGUUGACCUGGUAAUUGUGGGUGCUGAAGGCGUUGUGGAAAGCGGAGGUGUUAUAAACAAGAUUGGUACCUAUCAGAUGGCUGUGUGCUCCAAAGCACACAACAAACCAUUUUAUGUGGUGGCAGAAAGUUUCAAGUUUGUGCGACUCUACCCUCUGAACCAGCAAGAUGUACCCGACAGAUUCAAGUAUAAAGCAGAUAUCCUGAAGACAGUGAAGGAUCUGAAUCAAGAGCACCCCAUGAUCGACUACACCCCUCCAUCCCUCAUCACAUUACUCUUCACUGACCUCGGUGUGCUGACGCCCUCUGCUGUCAGCGACGAGCUCAUCAAACUAUACUUAUGAUGAUGAGACUGCUCUUUAUAAAGCAUUUGUAUCAUUGCCCAAGUGUAUGACCACAGAUGCACCUGAGGAAUCCUGUGUUUGGAGAGUAUGCCACAAGCUUGAAGUUAAGAAUAAAUUAUCUGUUU